AUGCUUUAUUUUCUAGAACCAAGCGUCAGAAUGUCAGAACUUCCAGAUAAGACUCUCUUCUCUUCCAACGAGUCAAUAGAGUCAAAAACCAAGCCUUGUGAUGUCUCAGAAUCAUCUAUUGACACUCCAGUAGGAUCCAAAAACAAUGAUAUAGAAAUAAAAAUUAAGCUGGAUUUUACUAAUUCCAAAAAGAAAGGAACCGUGAUACCCAACGAAGGAACUAAUGUGAUAAAGUCUACAUCUCAAAGAGAAGAAAAACCAUAUUUCGAUGAUACCUCAAAUUCUGUGAUUGGAAUUUCAGCGAAUGAAAAUAUCAGUUUUAAAAAUGAGAAUAACGAAGCUUCAAGCAGAAAUAAUUCACCAAACAAAGUAUUAGAAAAUGCUGGACAAAUAUCCACCAUGAAUAGUGACUCAUUGAACAUCAGCAAGUUCAAACCAAUAAUACAGCAAAAUAUUGAAGAAGUGGACGAAACAAAUUAUUCAUACAAAACUUGUGAAAAUGGGCAAGUUCGAAGCAAUGAGACAACAAUAUUGACACCUGGAAAUACCACAAAUAUUUUCCACAGUACAAUGCUAUCUAGCUUUCAAUAUCUGAAUCAACAGGAAAAAUUGAAGAGUUCUAUGGGAGAUUACGAUGAAAAAAUUUCUGCACUAAUUCACUUACUGAUAAUGGAAAAAUAUAACAGUAUCUUGAAAGAUUUCAGGGAAAGAAGCAUGAAGAGACAAAAAUACUGCACUUCCGAAAAGUCAGAAGAUGAAAAGUUUCAACAAUUUUUGAAUACGCAGUGGGAAAAUAAAGAAACUGAAAAUACACAAUCUGAAAAUGAUGACCUUGGCUUCAACAGUUCUGGACAGAAUUCACCAGAACCGAAUUUGAUAAACUGUUUCGCACCAAAGAAUGAUAUAGGAAAUAUUUUACGGGAUAAUCAUGAAGGGGAAAAUUCUCCAGAACUAAAUUUCAAUUCAUCAGAAAUGAGACCUGAAAAUGGUAGAAGUUUGGAUAGCGGUUUGAAUGACACGAAAGAUUCUCUAGAAUCACUCUGUACUUACCCCAAAGCCGAAAAUAAACAAGAUUCAACGGUCGACUACAAUGAAGAUCAGUUUUUAUCAAUGGCUUUGGGAAAAGAAAUUGGAUGUAGUUCUCCGGAAUCACAGAACGAAUUUUCGAAUUACUACAGUACCCCAGCAGAAUUUAGAACAUAUGGAACAGAAAAGAGCAUAGGCAGCAGCAAUAUUUCCACCCUGGUAUCGAGCAAUGAACACAGAAAAUCUGAUGACAUCUACAGUUAUUACAGUGCAGUGAUAAAACGAGAAAAACGAAGUCCUCGACCUAAGAACAUUUCAAUAUCGAAGCCUAUCUUCAAUUCCGUUUCGACUAACGAUUAUGAAAGCUUGGAUAAUUGGAAGAUGAGCUCAAAGGAGGAAAUGUUGAUGCAAGAAAAUGGUAUUCAACAAGAAAUCAUCCAUCAGGUUUCUAAAGCUCUGACCGUUUGUAGAACAACCCCGGAAAUAUUCGACAGAGAAACUCUCAUUGAGGCUGAAAAAAUACUGCUUGUUGCAAGUUAUAAAAAAGAUAUAAUCACGGAGCAACUGAACAAGACUCUUAUUGGAGACAAGAGCAAAGAUUGUGCCACUGCCACAAUAAGAAUGAGCAACAUGAAAUUUUCUUAUGGCAACCGUAUUCACCAUAAUAACAGACACAAGCAUUAUUUUCUGUGUAUUCUACAUUGUGGAUCGAAAAUUGUCAACAGUGAAAUGGUGAUGAUGAGAGGAAAGGAGAUUGUAUUCGAGGAAUGUUUUCAGUUCGAGAACAUUUCGCCAGAAUUUGAAAUCACUGUCAACAUUUUCGCUCUCACUGUGAAGAAAAUGUCUAAAAAGGCAAAAGAAAAUAAAAACUGUUUUGGAAGAAGAAAUAAACCAUCAAUGAUUGAAUCAAUGCAGUCCUCAUUUGUUUUAUGGGGCAAAAGUACGCUAAAACCAACAGAUUUCUCACGAGAAACACCAACCUCACUGAAUCUUUCAAAUAUGCCAGUGGGAGCGGAAAUAUCCAGUUGUUUUGCAGCUGAUAUUCAACUAUCACUGAAAGUCCUCGUAUCCGAAAAAGGGUUCCUCACUAUUGGAACUGACUACAAAGGUUGCCCAGUCUGGAACAGAAAAUGGUGUGUUCUAGAUGGUUCUCGGAUCAAAUACUGGAACUACCCAAGCCAAGAGAAUGUUAUGGAACCACAGGGACAACUGGACUUACUACAGUGUACCACGAAUCAACUGAAGCAUGUGGAUAGGGAAGUAUGCCCAAGGCCGAAAACAUUAGCAUUAAAAAUAGAAGAGGAUGGUUCCACUGUUAAAGAAUUAUUCUUAUCGGCUGACAGUCAGACAGAACUGGAACAGUGGCAGAAGCAACUAAACUUAGUUUUAGAAUACCUUAGGAAAUGGAAGAAUAUUAAUUGUUACUUAGAAAACUGA